AGCCCGCAGCUAACCAGGCGAGAGCAGGAUUUGCAUACGCUAACACGGCAGCUAAUGCUAACUGUAGCCUUCCUGCUCGCAGAGCUCGGUUUCAAAAUGUGUCAGGGGGACGCUCGGUGCUGGUUGUUGUGCUCCGAGUGAGAUACAUUUUCAGUUUUAAAGCAUCCGCUGCUUUAUCGCCACAAGCCAGCUGAUGUGCAGCCGAGGCUGGAUGCAGAAGAAACAUUAGCCCGCUAGCCUGACUAGCUUCACGUUAAGUGUUAAAAGACCUUAGCUUCGGAGCUAACCUCUGCCGCAGCCGGACUGCUAAGUUUGUUAUUUUAAUCACAUAAACCGUGGUGAGGUGAGCCUGUCUGCUCACUACUUUAAUUUCAGGGCUCUGGCCCCUUCUCCAGCAGCUGAAGCGCACCAGUCCUGUCCUCUCUGCUCCUCGUCCACGGCCUUCAUCCUUCCUGAGCCAUGACCACCCAGAGGGAUCUUGAUAUGGUGCACCUCCGCCUUAUCCUGGUCAGUGGGAAAACGCAAGACUUUACUUUCUCCCCGAAUGACUCGGCCACAGACAUCGCCAAGCAUGUGUUUGAGAACUGGCCUGCAGGAUGGGAGGAGGAGAGGGUGAGCAGUCCCAGCAUACUGCGCCUUAUCUUCCAGGGACGCUUCCUUCAUGGCAACGUUACCCUGGGAGCUCUAAAGCUGCCACCGGGCCGAACGACCGUCAUGCACUUGGUUGCCAGAGAGACUCUUCCAGAGCCCAACUCUCAUGGUCAAAGGAACAGAGAAAAAACCACAGAGAGCAACUGCUGUCUCCUCUUGUAAAGCAACAGAAACGACACCCCUACCCUUUAACCUAACCUCACACAAACACACACACACACACACACAUAUAUAUAUAUACAUAUAUAUAAACAUGCAUACACACCCCGUUCUCUCCUGCCUGUCAUCCUGUCAGCUGUGGAUUUGGAAUAAUUACACAAGAAGGUUGGAGGCUGUCACCCGCUUUGGUUGAACACUCGUCCAAUCUGAGGCUUUUUUUUUUUUUUUGUGCCAAUGUAGUCUCUUUUUCGCCCCCAGAUUUUUGCCGUCUUGGCGACUGUUGCAGUUGUUAUUUCAUUAUAUUUGAAGAUGACGUUAAAUGCGCUCCCUCGCUGACCUGUUCGCUGCUGGACAAGUCUUAAAGAGCAGUCAUACGUAGUGAAAAAGACCCAGAAGUCUUUGCUUUUCAUGGACAUAGAGUCGCUAUAAAGGAUGUGUGGGCUAUUACCUUUCCCUACUAGUCACAUGGAUGUUUCCCCAGGUCUUACUGAAUAGUGUUAACCCUCUCAUUGCACUUAACCAGUCUGUUAAUUCAGAAGUGUUUAUUGUGUUUCAUCGUCAUCUUCUUUUCCCCAAUGGCUGUUUUAUUUUAUUAUUUUUUUAAAUAUGUUUUUGGUCAGAGGAACAUACCUGAAUUCCCCAUGUGGUAGAAAAUGUGCCAUCCUCCUCAUGAGACGGUUUCUGCCUUUUACCAACUGAACCGUUCGGUCUGUAUCAGCACCAGUGGCGUUUGUGCCAUUACACUUACACCUGUUUGUUCCUGGAAAAGGACCAAUGGAGGAAAGACUUUUAUUAGGAAGAGCUGCUUAAACACCCCGGGGGGGAGGACGUACAGGUCCAUGAGAAAAACAGGAACAGACUCCCAGCGAGGCGGCUUUGUAAAGAUGGAGUCGGGAGGAUCGCUCGUGUGCCAUCAGGUGUCGUGUUCGCACCUCUGGCUUUGACUUUAUGGACUAGACUGUCGAUGCUUUCUGGUAACGGGAGCCGACACGGCGGGCCAGUUAAACACAGACAGAAGAGGCGGUUGAUGAUGAGAGGGCGGAGCGUCGUCGCUGUGAGACCCCCCUCUACUGGACACUGAGAAUCAGGCAGGACGAGGGAGAGCUUCUCCCACUUGGAUGAAGAGUUUAAAAAAAAAAAAAAAAAGAUUUUAAAAAAAGGAAAAUUUUGGUGGUGUUUCACCUCCUUUUCAUUUGGAUGCUGUCUUUACUUCUUGUUUGCCUUUUAUCGUGGAAUUCAGUAAUAUCAUUAAUAUUGAAAUUUAAAUAUAUCAAUUUUUAUCUUGUGUAUAGGUAUUUGUUCAAUUUUAGUGUGGGUGAGUUUGUUUGUGUGAGUGUGUCUGAGGGUGUGUGAUGCACGUGGCAUACUGUAUGAUGACUAGUGAGGGCAUGUGGUCUUUGAAAAAUUAAAAAAUAAGGCGAUGCACUGGGAGUGUUGACGGGCUGCGGUUUCUUCAGAAACAGUCGGAAACCUUUUGAUUCCUUCCAUUGAGUGUCCUUUGGUUUGUGUUUUGUCAAUCAGUGUCACUGCUAUGAAGUUUAGCUCAGUAUGAAUAAAUGUAAAAACUAAAAAUGCAAUGUGGUCUACAUAAAGCUUGUAUUAUAAAUUAAUAAAUCUUUAAAUAAG